UCUAAUUGCGUCACAAAUAUUGUCGGUCCGGUUGAUGUGCAUCAUUUUUUUCUCUGAUUAACCUAAAAUUCCAAUCAACCUGAAAUUCAACAAAAUUUGGGCUUCAUUUUACAAAUACGUAGAGAAUAGCUUUGGUCACCACAACGGCAUUAUGGAUCAAAAAAACAUUGAUACUCUGGAUCUUCUGUGGAAAAAAGAGUCUCGCUACGAGAGCUCAUUAUACGUGGACAUUUUUCGAAAAUUGGAUUUAAAAAAUCGGUACAACGCUCAAACUGAAAGUCAGUAUUUUCAAUCGACCGAAUCUGUAAUCGCAAAAUAUAUGCGCGAUGAGAAAGAUAACGAUCAAUCAGUUUUAUAUCGAAAAAAAGGUGACAAAUGUUUCAAGGAAACGGAAUGGCAAGAAGCGAUUGCGUGUUACAAUCAAAGUUUGUGUUUUGCCACCAUUACUUCCGAGCACAUUGGAAUUGGUUACGCAAAACGAGCUCAAUGCUUCUUUCAAUUGAAACGAUACGAGGAAUGUUUAUUGGACUUGAAUUUGGCACGACACUCUAAUUAUCCGCGUCAAUAUGUGCAAUUAUUGCAAAUGCGGGAAAGAGAAUGCAUUAAAUUGAUUGGCCAAGGUGAUAUAGAGCCGAUGACGAAAGUGCCAAAAAUAGCAUUUUUACCGAGUGAGAAGUAUCAUGAAUUGGCAAAUGUUCUGGAUUUGACACGCCAAUCGGAUGGUAAAUGGCGUUUUGUUGCAACGGAAGACGUGAAAGUUGGACAAGUGGUAUUGGUGGAGAGUAGUUUCGUGUCAUCCUACACCCCUAGUGUGUCCCGGUGUUGCAUUUGUUCGGCGGGCCUCACAAAUUUGUUGCCAUGCUCAAAAUGCUCAAAAGUUUUAAUGUGUUCAUCAUGCAACGGAUCCAUAAUCCAUCAGGUAGAAUGUGACGCUUUUGUACUAUUCGAUGGCCAAUAUAAGCUUGCAUCCGACACCUUUCGAUCGAUUUUACUAGCGAUGUCAUUGUUUGAAAAUGCCAACAAAUUAAUGGACUUUGUCGAACCAAUAGUCCAUGGUGAUUUGGGAAAUUUUCCAGCUUUCAUAAGCAACGACGAUAAAUUGACAAAGUAUCGUGCAUUUUUACAUAUAGCUCAUGGUUUGUUCAUGGUAAUCGACGAUAAGAAGGCAGCAUUUGUCAAUUACUGUGCACUGAUGGGUCAUCCGGUUGUAAAUCGUUACUUUCAUACGGUUAAACAUCGUCGAUUUUUAAUCCAUUUGAUAUUUCAUCACAUCAGUUCUUUGAGACUGAGCGCUCUCAACUCGAUUGUGAGUGGAUUGGAGUCACUGGAAGAAAUCGAUUACACAUUUAUACUUUCAAGGCAUUUUAGCCAUUCAUGUGCACCACAUGUUAGAUUGAAUUUGAUCGAGGGACAUAUUGCAAUGACAUCCGUUCGACCUAUCAGAAAAGGACAAACUGUUCAUAUUGCAUACAACGAAACGAGUUUAUUGAAAGAUGUUCAAACUAGACAAGAAGAGCUUAAGGAUGAUUUGGGACGUAAAUGCGAUUGUGAACGUUGCAAAUUCGAAGAGGUUAAUGAAAGAGGAAACGUUAACGCUUUUGAGGAAGACUUUGGAAUAACCACAAAUAUGGACUUUUUAUACAUUGUAAAUGACGUGUACAACAAACAACAACAGAAUACGAAUGAUAAACAUGUGGAUGAUAAAAUUGUUAAACGAGCCCAAAGACUACUCGACCAAUACGGUUAUCAAGAGUGGAACUCAUUUUUGGAGAUCGUAUUCUUCUACUACUACUCCGCACUCGGUAAAAAAAGUGGACAGAAUAAGAUCACUUUUAGGAGCAAUUCAACCAUAAGUUUUGACUAAAAAUUAUGAAAAAAGUAUUA